AUGACCUCUCCAAGUCCACAUCAGCAAGAGGAUUUGAAAAGAAAAUUUAAUACGUUUGACGACGAUGAUUUUGGUCUCUCUAAUAAUAAACACUUUAAAUUUAUGCAAGACUGUGUUUAUGAAGAUGAAGACAGCGACUUUGAUCACGAUCCUCAAGACUUAGAAACCAAGGAAGCGCCUGACCUUACCAUUGACAAUUAUAAUUCUGGCCAACAAAUACCGUUGAAACAACAGGAGCAGCAAGAAACCAGUGCUCCGCAGCAACAAGAGCAACCAUCACAACCACAAGCACCUCAACGAAAAAAACCAGGUCGGAAACCAAAUCCUGCCUCUCCUGCUCUUAGAAAAGCGCAAAAUCGUGCUGCGCAACGGGCUUUUCGUGAAAGAAAAGAACGGCAUUUACGCGAAUUAGAGGAUACAAUCAAAACUCUUCGUCAAAACGAGUAUGAGAUUACUGUCAAACAUCAAAAAGAAUCUGAUAAUUAUCGUGAAAUGCUUGAAGCUCUGAAGAAUGAUAGUAUCUAUUGGAAAGAAGUCGCACAGGCAUUCGAAACCGUGAUAAAUAAUAUGAACGUUGGUUCGGAUAUCACGUCCAAAAUUAAAACUACAUUGUUAGCAAAUAUGUCGACCAUGAUGUUGGCCCAAAAUCAAAGCAUUACCACUGGAAUGUAUAGUUUAUUACCAGCACUGCAACAAUCGUUAUCAUCAACAUCCACAGUAACCAACGAAGAUGCUCCACUAUCAUAUAAUCCAUCGAGUCAACAACAAACGCAGCGACAAUCACCGUCUCGUCGUCCACAAAUGCAAAAUGAUGUGUUACAGGUUCUUCUCACCCUAACCCCUGAACAAAACGAUUCUUGUGAUGGUUCUGUUGCUUCGAAGAAGUUUCUUCCAUCACCAACAAAUAGCUCAACUGUUAUGUCACCUCAGAGUACUCCAGUCACCCCAUCAACUACUGUUGGAUCGCCACCAACUAAUUACGAAGAUUUAGUCAAUGAAUUGGGCAUGAAUGAAGUUAAACCAGUGAUAACUGAUACACGUGAUGGAGGAAACACUGUCGCUGCAUUUAAUUCAACUUAUCUGGAGAAUCCGGCACUAAUCGAUUCCGAUUUUAGUUUAUUCUUGAAUAUUAACUCGUAUCUAACAGAUUAUCAAAUUCUUCAAGGACAACAACAAUCUCUGAUGCAAAUACAGAUGCAACAAAAUGAACAAAAGUCAAAUAUUAACGCAAUAUCAUUAUUAUCUGCCGAGGAGAUGCAACAAUUAAAUGAUUUGGCUAGAUUAGUUCGUGCUCCUAAUAAUUUCUCAGAUGUUAGUCCAAGAUUGCACUUUCCGUUGUCACAAGAGCAAUUAUUCUAUCUUCAACAAUCACACGAUCCCAGGAUUGGUAUGAUACCAUGCUUACAUCUUAGGGCGCGGAUGAUUGAACAUCGUGACAAAUAUGAUUUGAAAAAAUUAUGCGAUCUAUUAAUAAAGAAAGCAAAAUGUCACGGAGACACAAUGGAUCCUGAGGCGUGGGAAAUGCCCGAAGAAUUCUUUGAAGAAUAUAGUUUCCUCUCAUUCCAUCACUGUCGAGUAAAGAGUGACUUUUAUCGGCAAAAUGCUGGAAAAGCUUCAAAGGGCGAUCUGACAAAUUAUGUGAAAAAGGCCGGAUUAAACCCGUACUUGGUAUCUUGA